UUCUUCGCCGAUCCGACCAACCAAGAAUCUUUGGAACUCUCAACCUGCAUUCUCGAUUGAUUGAUUCUUUGUUUACUCGUGUUCGUCGCAUGCACCAAUUUUGAUCCAUUUGUUCUCGUUUUGAUUCUAAAUAUCCAUCUUUGAUCAGCUUUCAGGCGUACAACUUUUCUAGUUGGAGUUCGAUUAGUAUUGGUAUUGUUGAGUAAACUCAAGAUUUUGAGGUUUAAUUUGUUUUGGUUAAAAACCCCUAAUUUUAAUGGCUUCAAUAAACCUUCAGUCGAAAGACGGCGGCGCCGACGAUGGUUCUAGGUCGCCGGCACGUUCGCGAGUGGUUUCUGCACCAUGGAGUAAGAUCGUAAGAGGUGGCAGCGAUGAAUUUUCUCCACCGGUGGUUUUUGUUACUGCUCCGGCGGCAUCGCCGUCGUCGUCAUCUGUUCAGGAGCAAAUCAUCAACGCUUCAUCUGAUUGGUAUCCAUCCAAGGCGGUACCAGAGACGACGAGCUCUCCGGAUGAUUCCGGCACCGAAUGUCAGCCUGAGGUUUCCGACAACGUUGGUGGCUGCAGUAACGCGAUUAAGAAGCCGGUAUGGAGUAAACCAUCAAACGGUAUCGUUGAGGCGGUCAGUCCAGUUAUGGGUGCGGUUUCUUGGCCUGCUCUAGGAGAGUCUACUAAGGCUUCCCCUAAAUCGUCUUCAUCGGAGUCCUUACAAGCUCUUUCAGAUGGAUCGUUGCUGCCUACAUUACAGGCGAUUGGAAAUUCAUCUCCUUCAUCACAUAAACUGGCAAGUAACAAUGUGAAUCCUACUUCAACUCCAAACCAUAUAGCACCUUCUGGGCAGAGGUCUAUUAAGCGAGGUGGUGGGAGUUCAGGUGUAUAUUUAUCAUCAAAUGGAGGGGUUUCUCAGCGGUCACCUGCAAGCCAGGAUACGAAAGUUGAAGCCCAUAAUGCAUCUGGAAAACCUGGUACCGUUGCAACAGAUUCUUAUCCAAAGGACCAGACAUAUAAGGACCCCCAAAAAGGAGGCUUUGGAUCACAAUCAAACAGUGGUAAUGACUACCAUCAUCAGCGGAAUUCGUAUAGAAGGGGUAAUGGCGGCGGACAACAUCCACGCGGAGAUGGUUCUUACCAUCACUAUGGAGGCAAGCUGGAGCAGGGUCGUGGGAAUCAGGAAUGGAACCAACAGAGAAGCUUUAACAAUAGGGAUCCAAACAUGCAACCUCAGAGGGGUUUCAGGAGGGGCUACAUGCGACCGUCUGUCCAUAAUUCAACUCCAUUUAUACCUCCAUCAAUGCCUGUUCCAGUGCGCCCUUUUGGCAACAAUGUCAUGUACCCUGAUAUGGCAUCUGCUAUGAUUUAUGUUCAAGGUCCACCUCCACCAGAGUCCCUCAGAUCUAUGUCACUUGUUGCACCAAUACCGGCUCCAAUGUACUUUCCUGUUCCAGAUCCACUUUUGCAUUCUAAGAUAGUGAAUCAAAUUGAUUACUAUUUCAGUAACGAGAAUUUGGUUAAAGAUACGUACUUGCGACGGAACAUGGAUGAACAAGGCUGGGUUCCGGUUAACUUAAUAGCAGGCUUCAAGAAAGUUUCAUGUUUGACUGAUAAUGUUCAGCUAAUACUUGAUACAAUGCGUACAUCAAGUAUCGUGGAGGUGCAGGGUGAGAAGAUCAGGCGGCGAAAUGACUGGAUGAGAUGGCUUAUGCCUCCGCCUGCUCACUACUCAAGUGGGUCCCAUAAUCAAGAUGUGUUGGUGUCACAGUUUGAGCGAAUUGGGUUGGAGGAGUCGACUUCAAAAAACCAGGUUCAUGUCGAACCCUUCUCUUCUAGUAGAUCAUCAUCCUCUUCAGGCUCAGGGGAAUUUGGUAGUCAAUUGCAACAAGGUGGAGGUGAAGGAAGUGUGGUCCACAUAAGUAGUGGUUUUGAACGAGCGACAGUCGCUUAGAGAGAGAUUUAAGUAAAAACAGUGUUUUUAAAAGAGCAAAGACCUCGAUGAUGAUGCGGGCUAUCCUGGAUUUCCAUGGAGGAAAUUCACUGGUAGAUGGAAAUGAUGUUUUGAGAGGCACACAUUAAACACACAAAACCCAAAAACCAAAAAAAAACUUAAAAUAAAACCUAAAACAUAAAAAAAAAGACAGAAUUAUGAGACUAUUGGAUCUAAUGAUUUGUUUUUUUUCUUUGGAUCUAUCUAUGUUUCAAAAAGUUCAUAAAUAUGUUUUUUUGUAUA